AUGUCGCAGUUCAGAGCCGCCCGCCUCGAUCUGGGCUCCUUUAUCAAUGGCCGCAACAUUCGCGACCACACCAAGCGCAAGGUCUUCGCCCAGUUUGAGCCCGAGAGGCAAGCGCUGCGCUACAUGAUCCGCAACACCCUCCUUCCCCAGCGCGUCCGCGCCCAGGCCCAGCUCGAGCUUUCGCAGAUGCACGCCUACACCCGCUCCACCCAGUUCAAGAACAGGUGUAUAAUGGGAGGCAAGGGAAGAGGUAUCAUGAGCGACUUCAGGAUGGGUAGAUACCAAUUCCGUAUAAACGCUCUGGCUGGAAAUAUCCCCGGUGUCAAGAAGGCCAGCUGGUAG